GAGUACCAGCAGGAGCACCAGCAGGAGCACCAGCAAGAGCAAGAGCAGGAAGCAACGAUUUUGGAGGAAGAAGACGAUGUAAUGGAACUUGUGGAAGUAAAACUGGAGAGCCAGGUGGAGAAGAAGAAACGCUUUUGCCUGCACACUCUUUGCAUUCGUUUGUGUGAUGUCCUGCUCAGUGCGCUUAACUUAUUUGUCGUGUACCCGUUUAACGUCAUAUUUCCAUGGAAAUUGUCAAGAAAUCACAACCAUCAGCAAACGGGCCAAACUAUUGAAGAAAUGGAAGAUUCCAUGAGGGAGAACAUCGUAUCCGGAGAGCGACUAAAUGCAAUUGAACGAUCCGAAAACUCAUUCGAAAACAAAGCGAAGCAGGACCCGAUGAAUCCAAUUAGCAGAGACAUCUACCACUAUGAAGAGCACAGGACUUUAACUAUUGCACAGACCAUAGCCGCGGCCCACCCUUAUCCCGAUGCUGCUGAAAUCAAACCUUGAAAUAGAAUUGCAGGGAGUGCACCUGACCCCAGACCUAGCUGAAAACCCAAAUCAAGAUUGUGAAUGGCACUAAAAACGGCAACGUAUCCUUCUGUUUUUCCAAAUUUAAGUAGAUUUUUACCUUGUUUUAAAAAAAAUUCAAAUAUUGAAAACGAGAAAACGCUCGGAAAAUUGA